AUGCAAAUUUCAAACGUGUUAGCCCUUCUUUUUAUUUUCACUUACAGAUGUUUAGCGUUAAAGGCUUCGAAUUGUAAAAUAAGUCUACUAGGUGAUGAAAAAAAUAGUUUAUCGAUUGACAGUAUCGAAUCUACUAAUUCAAAUCCAGCAGUGCAGGAUGUCAUUAACGUUUCAAAGUUAGAUGCUAUUAUAGAGUUCAGUUAUGAAGUUUCAGAAGCUUAUGACCAAACUCACCUAUUGAUUGGUUACCCAGAGGCUAAUUUAGAAUCUUCUUUAGAAGGAAUUGUGAUAAAGGAUGGUGACAAAACUAAAAUUUUAUACAAAAUAGAAUUUUCUAACCUAUCAAAGGCUCUAUUGUCUAAGUCUAUUAUUGAACAAUCUCCAAUCACUGUAUCUUUACUACUGGCAAGAAAUGGCGACUCCAAAAAUAUAUUAAAUGAAGUUUUCCAAGUCCAGUUAGCAAAAGAUAUCAAAGUAAACUAUGAAGCUCCAUCAAGAUAUGGUAUAAAAGAUGAGAUUACUUUCAGUUUUAGAGAACUAGAAAGCACGGCACCUGAAUAUAUUUGUAAGGUAUUUUCUGUAGUAAUGGCAGUUGCUGCUCUAGCUUUACUCGUUACUUGGCUAACUAGCGGUGUUAUCUCAUCUGUUAAAUUUCCAAGUGGUUCCCAAUUUAUAUAUUUUAUUGUAUUCAUUGGUUUGAUAGGUGGUAUUGAAUUUGUAUUUACACAAUACUUUUUAGGGUCCUCGAUCUUCGAAACUCUGUAUUACACAGCUCUUUUGGCUGCGCCAGCUGUUCUAAUCGGUACUAAGUUUUUAAGAGGAUUCAACGAAUUAUAA